GAGCGGAUAUCCGGUUUGUUGGAUGAAGGAGGAGGUAACCGAGCUGCACUUCCCCUCAGUUAGAGCGUGUGAGAGCCGCCCGCGUUCAGGGUGUCCGCUCUGUGUAUCCUGAUACACAAUAGCCAUGCAGGCAGCGGGUCUGUGUGAUUACAGUUAGCAAGAUACCGGAUAGCUGCCUCAGAUAUUCACUAAACCGAGAACUGACCACAAAAUAAUGAAUAACUGAUUUGCGGCUGCCAUACAACUACAAGACUUUCUGCGACAGUACAAUUAAUGUUUCCUGUGCCCCUACUGCUUUUUUUCUUGCUGGGCAUUUUCCACCAUUGUCUGUGGCACCAUGUGGUUCCUGGUUUUCUGUCCUCUAAGUGCUGAUGCCUCGUAGGAAACGCAUUGCAUAUAACCCACGUAAAGCUCAGCUGGUAUUUUUAGAAAGCCCAAAGCCAGGUCAACUCCAUGAAUAUGGGCCUCACCCAGAAAAGACAGACACUGUAUGUGUACCAACAAAGCCCCUGGAUGAGAGUACAUCAGUAUCCUGGGUAUCUCCUCAGUUUGAUCAAACCGAGCCUUUACAUUUCCCAGGCCGUCGCCGUCCACAACACACAUCCAUCAACAGCACCAUACACAACAAAUCCAGGAAUACAAGUUGCAUUAGAAGCAGAGCAACUGUAUGUAAAUUUCCCACUUUGUCAUUCACGAGCAAAGCAACCUCUGAAAAAAGACAGACCAGAUCUGUUUGUUCAAGAAAAAAAUCUGCAUUACCUAUGUGUACUGAAUCUAGGGUAGUUGUAUUACCACAGUCUCCCAUUCCCCAGGAAAGUUCAUAUAACAGAACCCUAAGUCCUCCAGAUCUGCUGACUCCAGAUAAAAGUUUACAAUGUAAACAAAGCAUGCAACUCUCGAAUAAACAACGAACACCUAUUAUAAAUGAAAAGUCCGAUCAGCGUGACAGGCUCAUCAACUCACAAGUAGGAGACUCUGUGCAGGUGCUAGCAGAAGACACUCCAGAACAUCAAUAUGGAAUGCGUGUCACAUGGAGGAGGCGGGAACGAUUCAUGAGAUAUUUGACAGAACGCGGAAGACUUGAGAACAGUCAGAUUUUGGUGAAGAAAUGAGAACGGGCAUUUGACAGAGCAUUGCCAGCAUAUUAGGGUCAUUUGCACAUGUUGACUGAAUUGCAGCGUCUUCACGGAUAUUAGUGAGCAGAAUUCACUAAUCACAGGAUUCUCGUAGGCUUUUGAACAGGGAAUAUUGGUCUGUCCAUUGUACUCUGUGGGAUCUUGGCAGCAAAUACAUAAUUAGUUUUAACUGACCUCUACUAUGGUCACUAAACAUAUGAGCCUGAUCUGCUGAGGAUACACAUGCACAGAGUGAUUGUCUCAUUUACAUUACACAAUGAUAAACUUCACAGUGUGGUGUACUAUAUCUCAUUGUAAACAGGAAAGCCCUGAAACUCUUACAAAAUGUGCUAUAGACUGCAGGCAAGCUUUUGAUAAUGCAGGAAACUGACAGGUUUUAUUCAGUUAUGGGCUGCCUAUGGUAUCCCAGUUAUGACCUUGGCAACAACUUCAGUGCCAAAUUAUGUAAUCACUGGUCUACGUUAAUACUCCAAAAUAAUUACUGUAUUUUGUGUGUAACCAUUUAACACACCAUGCACUUAAGUAUAUUUUAUACUGCUUACAUUUUCACUUUGUAAAUAUACAUUUCUUUAGGUGUACAGUUUAAGUGAACAGGUGAUAGCUUAUGAAUAUGUGAUUUGCAUUGCUUUCAUGGGAUUGAGAGUGCAUGCCAUACUUUGUGUGUAGUGAGAAUUAUGUGUUUAUAUAUGGGAUAACAAAAUAAAUUCAAUUCA